UUGUACUGUAGUCCCCCGGACUGGAACUUCCUGAGGAGCAUUUCUUCUAAUCAGGCCAGUAUAUUUUUAGAUAUUCACUCACCGCACGGGUCAAACUCUGAACUGAAAUGGGCCGUCACAUCAGAUCUAGUGUGACUGUUUUGUGGCUGCUUGUUUGUCUGCACAGAAUAUGAAGUAAAUGAAGGAAUACCACCAUGACUAUAUUUACAUGCCGCACUUUGUUUUGUGUCGAACCUUGUCACGAGAUGCAAAUUCCUCAUUUUGUUGAUUUAAUCACAUGAGGGGGCCAUCAGGAGUACAGUGACGUCAAUAAACAUCAGGAUGCAUAAUCUGGGAUCCCUGAAUGUAUUCACCACACUUUGAGCCAGUAUGUGACCACCCCCGCACUAAAAGAGGAACGGGAGGGGACAGAAGAGCAGAGGCAACUGGCACGUCGACUGACUGCAGUCCCCACACGCGAGACAAACGAGGGAUCGAUGGCUGCUCCUGAGAACCGUUUCCCCUCCUGUCAACUAGAGGAGAAGUAAACUUCAGGCUGAGCAUCGGAUCCGUGCAGCCGAGAAGAAAUCUUUUUGACCGGAAGAGUGCUUCCAGGAGGAAGGAUGACUCUCCAGCUGUUGGGCGACUGUGAAUUUGGUUCUGUCGAGAUGAAGGACGUCUCCCUGCAGACUAAGUGACUUCCACCUCCCCAUGAGCCGCCUGCUAAAUGUGGAACGCCUAGGAUGGACGAUCCACCAAGUUCUGGUCUGAGGCCCUGGAACAACACGAUCAACCUCCACCUCUCCACCUGCUCGCUCAAACACACACGCACAACCGGCCCUUUCACCACUAUUCUUAACCAGACGGGGACCGGUGGCACAAGGUGACGAGAUUCCAGAAUGUUUGUGAAUUGCCGGCGCAUCCGGAGAUGCCAGUACGUGCAGCUGAUGACCACCUGUCUGGUGCUGUCGGUGAUGAUGGUCUGCUGGGAGCAGCUGGACAGCAAUUUCUUCAGCCCCGUCAAGUCCUACUCCUACCGCUACCUGGUCAACCGCUUCACCUUCAUCAACAAGAGCCUCACCAUCCCGCGAGAGCAGGCCAGGCGCUUCAGCGACUUUCGCUACCUGCUGGACCACUCGGAUAAGUGCGCCGACACGGACGUCCUCCUCCUCCUCUUUGUCAAAACAUCCCCGGAGAACAUCGACAGGCGAAACGCCAUCAGGUCCACUUGGGGCAAUGAGACCUACAUCCAGAACGCCCUGGGAGCCACGGUCAAGGUGGUGUUUGCCUUGGGGAGGCCUGCGGCCGAGCAGGAGGAAGGCGGCACUGGGCUCGUCCACGAGGACCGUCUACACAGGGAUUUGAUCCAACAGGACUUUUUAGACUCCUUCCACAACCUGACCCUGAAGCUGAUCCUGCAGUUCCACUGGAUGCACACCCGCUGCCCACACGCUCGCUUCCUCAUGACGGCCGACGACGACAUCUUCGUGCACAUGCCCAACCUGGUGAGCUACCUGCGGGACGUGAGCAGCAGAGGCGUCACAGACUUUUGGGUCGGUCGAGUGCACAGGGGGGCACCGCCGAUCCGCAGCAGAGACAGCAAGUACUACGUGCCCUACGAGAUGUACCAGUGGAUGGUUUACCCUGACUACACAGCCGGGGCCGGGUACGUGGUCUCCAGGGACGUGGCUGACAAAAUCUACCAAGCCACGCUGACCCUGAACGCCACUAUCUACAUAGACGACGUCUUCAUGGGCAUCUGUGCCAACGCAGUGGGUGUGUCUCCGCAGGAGCACGUGUAUUUCGCAGGCGAGGGCAAAGCACCCUACCACAUGUGUAUCUAUGAUCAGAUGAUGACCUCACAUGGUCACGUGGAGGACAUCCAUCAUCUCUGGGAGGCGGCGACCAACCUGCAGGUGAAGCACAAGACUUCCGGACUCAUGGGCAGGUUGUACUGUACUGCUGUGAAAAUGUCCCUCCUUUGUAAACCCUACAGAUUUAACACAUACCCUUGCAAAGCAGCCUUUUUGUAGUAUCAUGUCGUGUGUGUGUGUGUGUGUGUGUGUGUGUGUGUGUGUGUGUGUGUGUGUGUGUGUGUGUGUGUGUGUGUUUGUUUGGUAUGCAGGAGAGGGAGUUUGUAAAAGGUCAAAAUAAAUGGAGGGUUGUCGCUGCAGAUAUUACCUCAGUCCUUUCAGUCGGACACCGAUGUCAAAACACUGGAGCGCAUGUUCUGUGUUUCCGGAGGCAAAGAGGAAAAAAAAAGUUCACGAUGGACAACGCACAAGUUUACUUGGUUGUGUUGAGAUAGUUCAUAAAAAGACACUGUUUACAUGUAGUCCAAACUCAAACCCCAUGUUCUCACAAAUUAGAUUCUAAUAUGUGAACUAGCUUAUAUCUUCAAUCUCCAGUUGAUUAUAAAAGAACAUUCUCCUUAUCUUGCAUUUUAUUUCUACUGCUGCGACACACAUAUCGGUUGAAAAACAUUAUGGUACUCAAAAGAUAAAAACUUCUCUCCCAGACAUGUAUCAACUCCAUAACCUCAAAAGAAACGAAAAAUACAUAACCAGACAGAAACCACACACCAGAAGCAGCAUGAAGAUAUGCAGUUCUUUGGUGAGUCAAAUCUAAAAAUGUCUCCAUGUCACGAUGUGCAACAUUCCUCACAAUGAAGUAGAACUGAUGUGUCCGUGAGAAAACUUUACAAACGGCAUGUGUGCUGAAAAAUAUAUAUGUAUUUAUGAGCAACAACGCAAUGCCUCUAAAUUGAACAUUUUCUUGUCAUAAUAUCUUUUUUUUGUUAUUAGAUUUGUGAAAAGACUUUUUUUUAUUAAAUAAAAUCUACUUGAAAGUCAGAAAAAGAGUUAUUAUUGUUCGUCAUAGUAGUUAUAUCAACAACCUGACCAGAGCGGUUAAUUGCCCCACUCUUUUAACAGUUACAUUACAAGAAACAGAAGUAUCUCAGCACGUCACGGCAACAGUUUCCUUACUUUGGGGGAAUCAUGGCGCACACACACAGUGUAGAGACAGUGUGUGCAAGAUGUGGUUUACUGCCCGUCCUUUCCGUAGAAGCUGCAAUCUUUUCAAACGGAUGUGAAAGAAAGCGAAGGAGCUGUUGUCAUUCCGCCGCGUCCUACUUCACAAUGUCUCCGUUGAGAUAGCAUCACAACAGUUUAACCCACGUUGGUGGCUUCUGCUCUAACUCUGCUUGGCCAAUAUUCUCCUUAACCAAAGAUUACAGAUUAAAAAAAACAAAGCAUACCAUGUUGGGAAAUCAUACUCCUAUCGUAUUCACAAAAUAAGAAGUUAUAGUGUAAUAUGUUGAAAAAUAAAUCCUGAAAAAGUCAUGGAAUAGUUUUGUUAGGCAUCGUAUUUGGACAAGAAACAGAAAAGGUCUUUAUACAGCAUGUCAAAAAGAUUGUGUAGUACAGUAUUGUUACAUGUUCCAUGUGUUUUUUCUGUGCCUUUAACUGUGUGAGUGGGGUAGAGUGCCUGUUUCUCGGUUCACAGGUGUGCGGUGCUGGUUGGCUGUUGGCGAGGAGGCGUGGCCGGUGAAGACCUGGGGAGUAAUCGACUAACGAGGUGGUGGCCUAUAUAAACCAGCCUGGUUGUUGCAGAGAUGAAAAAGAAA